AUGGUAGCUGACUUUCAAAGCCUACCAAACGAGCUCAUUCUACACCUCGGAGAGAUGCUCCUUGACAGUGCACUGAACAGCUUGGUCCUCACAAACCGACGCUUCGCCGAGCUUCUCAAUCCAAUGCUGUGGAAAUUGGUCAGCGAUGAGGACGAAGGGUCAAUGCAAGAUCUGCCAUUUCCACCUGAAACCAGUGUCAACAAUGUGGUCGAACUCCUGGGAUACGCAGUUGCAGCACGCAACUCUCUAAUGAUGCAGAAAGUUAUUCGGCUCGGCGAUUUCGACUUCGAAGCACACGGGGAUGCGAUAACAUAUGCCCUACGCGAAACGGUAGCGCAGGGGAAUCAGCCCUGGCUAGAACUGAUUCUGAGCAAGGUGGAAGGCCAAGACGAUACGGUAGAUGCGGAGGCUCUAAGCUCAUUAGUACUCCAGGCUGUUGAACUGGAGAAUACUGCCAUGGUUGAACGGCUUCUGCGGCAUGGUCAAAUCCACUUUUCAUGCUGGGAUAAAUGUUGUCAGAGUAUACUAGGGGCUAAGAACGAUCGGCUAUUACGCAUAUUCCUGGAUACCGCCCAAACUAAUCGAGUCCUGGUAGCAAAGGAUCUCGACAAGCCCUUCAGAACCGCCGUAAUAUCUGGACACAUCCCUGUUUUGGAAACGCUGCGACAACAAGGAGCGGAAGUGAACCCCGAGCCAACUGGUCACAGCAGGUACAACCAAGCGCCUUUGCACAUAGCGGUUUACAGAGGCGACCAUAGCGUGAUUACCUGGCUGUUAGACCACGGUGCCAAUAUCAACGCCCUGGACUCUUCCGGCCAGACUGCUGUUCAUAUUGCCGCUAGGGAUGAAAAGCUUUUACGGCUGCUAGUGGGCUAUGGGGCGGAUGUGCGUCUUAUAGGCAGGAACGGAUACCCACCUUUGGCACGAGCAGCACGUUCAAAAUCCCCGGACGCGUUCAAUUAUCUCCUCUCAUUCUAUGAUAACCUCUCAUUGCAACCAGAGAAUAUCGAAUGGUAUUCGUGCGCAUUAUUGGGGGCCGAGUGUCCCGAGAUCAUCUCCUGCCUAUUAGAUCGAGUCGAUCUGACUAAAUACGGGGAGGAUCUCUUAUUCCGCGCUAGACAAUCCUGCAGCAUCUUAUUACUGAAAGCACUUGUGGCUGGGGGUGUCUCCCUGGGGGCACGCUUUUGGGGCGGAGGUACCAUUCUCCAUCACUACGCAUAUCGCCCGAUCUGGGUUUGGCGUAGGGGUUUCGAUGAUCUAGAGAGAGAGCACGUUGCCGCUGCAAACUUUAUCCUUGAUGUGCAUCCGGAAGGACUACACGAGGUGGACAAGGAUGGAAAUACUCCUCUUCACCUGGCUGCGGGCACCACCUUCCGUCUCAUGGUGCAAACCCUGCUAGAACGCGGUGCAUUCCCUUUAGCGUUGAACCUCCAGGGGGAUACGCCUAUCGAUAGUGGACGGAAUGCCAUUCUAGAACGUCGUGAAUAUCUUACAGGGAUGGGGCCAAGCGGUUUGGCACGGAACAACCCCGAAGAGGUGUACGACUUGUUGAAAUCUUAUGGGUCCCCUGAGCAAGAACGAAGGUUGAUGAAUGACAUAUAA